ACGUUGUUGGUCUGGUGGGAUACCUUCCUUAUCUUGGAUCUUGGUCUUGACGUUGUCAAUGGUGUCCUGGGACUCGACAUCCAAAGUGAUGGUCUUGCCGGUGAGAGUCUGUAGGCGUAAGUUAGUAAAUUUUAGAGAAAGUAGUAAUAAAAUAUGCCCACCUUGACGAAGAUUUGCAUGGCUAACACUUUUAAGCUUUUUUACGUUAUUCAGUUUUUACCCACCUUGGGUUUAUCUCACAACGUUUUCGACAAGGCUGAAUUUUGAGCGAGUCUCGCAAAAAAAAUGCGCGCGUGGUGACCUCAACUUGUUUGCAAACUGUUAUUUAAAAUAAAUAAUAUGUACAGUGAUAGCGACGACUCAAUUCACAGCGCUGAAGAUUUGUACAAUGAUGACGAAUUCGAGAAUGACGACGAUGAGGUAGUCGAGCAACCACGCACUGCUUUUAGUAGAUUCAAUGACCUAUUCGGCGGCUUUAAUGAGAUAAACAAUCUCAGCGGAUCAGAUCCUAGUUUCCCAGCUCGAUUCGCUGGUUUUGGAGGACACGCAUUUGGCAGACCACCUGCAUCUGCGUUUACACAACAUUAUAGGGCCUACUCCGUCGCUAUGAUGGGCGGCAACGAGCGUCCAAACCUCCAAUACGGUGGAAAGAUCAUCAUGCCUCCAUCUGCACUCGCACGACUGACCGACCUUGAAAUUGAGUCACCUUGGACAUUCGAGGUCAGCUCAGCGAGAAAUCCAACAAAGAAGACGCACGCUGGUGUUUUAGAAUUCAUAGCUGAUGAGGGCAAUGUACAUUUGCCAGCUUGGAUGAUGAAACAGCUUGAACUGGAAGAAGGCAGUCCUCUUAAAAUAUCGGGCGCUGUCUUACCUAAGGGUAAAUUUACCAAGUUACAAGCUCAAACGACUGACUUUUUGGAAAUUUCGGAUCACAAAACAGUACUUGAGCGUGCAUUGAGGAAUUUCUCGACGCUCACGAAGGGUGAUUACAUAGAAAUAUUACACAACUGCAUCACAUUCGAAUUACUUGUUAUGGAAAUCGAACCAGAACCUGACAAUCAGAGUAUCUUUAUCAUUGAUACUGAUUUAGAGGUCGAUUUCGCACCACCAAAGGGAUAUGUUGAGCCUGCACCUAAGCCAAGAGAGCCGCAACCAACUAUGGCAUCAAAAAUGAAAAUUGAUACGCGCGCUCAGGAGGAUUCACCGAUGAGCAGCCGGCCAACCUCGACUGUACCAGAAGUCUUCAAAGGCAGUGGACAGACGCUUGGAGGACGGAAGACAAAGGGUAAAGGUUUGGCUAAGCCUAUUGAAAGAGUCGAUGAAACAAGCAAGAUUACAAGAACAGAUAAGCAGAAACAUGUUACAGCUGAUACUUUAGAAGAUGGAAAGAAAGUACCAGCACCACUUAAUCUCCCAUUCGGGAAGCUUUUCUUUGGGUUUGAAUACACACCUCUCGGUGGGCAUAAAAGCGACGAGCGUGAACCAUCUGUUCCAUUUGGAGGUACAACAGGUGUUACACUCUCGGGUAGAACCAUCGAUACUCCAGCACCUGCACCUCAAAAUGAAGAGAGAAACGACCAAGAAACCAACAACGAAACGACUGAAGAAAACAGCGACCCAUGGGCUAAACUCGGUUCCGGAAACUCAUUGAAGCCAAAACGUGAAGUUAUCGACAUUGACUCUGACUGAUUUUAUCAUUGUACACUAAUUCUGCAUGUAUAUCACCAAC